GAAGCAAGAGAAACAGCGCAGAAAGAAUAAGUAAGAGAAUACCCACCCAAAAAAGUCCAAACGCUCGGCCACCCGAGCCGUUGGAGGCUUGGAGCUCUCUGAGAGAGAAGACACAGAGAGAGAAGAGAGCCGUUGGAGGCUUGGAGCUCUCUGAGAAAGAAGAGAGAGAGAGAGAGAGAUAGGAGAGGAAGAGAUGGUGGAAAUCCUCGGAACUUUUAUCUAACGAAGAAGCACCUUCCAGAAUGCAAUUAGCAGCAGCGCAGAGGCUUCCUACGUUUCCUGCCCACCUUUUCCCAUCCUCUUUCCUUGAUGGCGGCUGCGUGGCGUCACUAGAUAAAAAGGCGUCGUUAAGGGCGGGUAAAAGAGCUUUUUUCGUCUCUCUUUUGACUCUUUGAUAGAUAUCUUGGAUCAUUGGGCCACUGUCCGUUUCUUAGCCUCCAGAUUGGAGGAAAAAAUAGAGAAAAGUUUCGAGCCUGAUGGGUAGUUUUAGUGUUAAGAGUUUGUGGGCUGGGAUUCAGUUGAGUUCAAGGGAGGGAAAAGGAGGAGGAGCGUAUUUGGAUCUCCUUUCGUAAUGGAUAAAAGCCUGAAAGCUGAUGACUUUGAAAAGUUUUUGAUGAUGUCGAUGCUUGUAAUUAGUAAAAAAGACGAUUUCUUCCCUUAUUUGUGAGUUCUACAUCAAUAAUUGGUCUUCAUAUAUGGGAAUCAGAGGAAACAGAGUAGUAGUUCUCUGAAUUCUGUGUUUUUAAUAGUGAUUGAUGGCAUAUAUGGCUUGAAAUCGAUUGAACAAAAAAAAAAGAGGAGCUUUUGUUGUUGUUUGGAGUCAAACUGCAUGUAUAGAGGUCAUUUACAGGACCCCUUUAAAUCUUGAGUGUAAAAGAUCUUGCUUUGAUUAGCUUUCUUGCUUUUCUUUGAAGGUUCCAAUUCGUAAUUUUCUUCUAAAGAUUCAGAGAGAGUGGAAUUGGGAUUUGGAUUUCGUACCUCUGUUGCCAUGGGUACUGGAGGUUUUGUUUGAGGCCAUUGCUUUUACUUUGAAGGGUAGGUGCGGCUGCCGAAAGCUCUGCAUCGGCUGCGGUGGCUUUUAUUUGAUUAAAGGAAAGGGAGAAACGUGUGGAGUUGUGUCUACGGUGGAAGAAAGUUUCGAUUCCUUUCCCCAUCAGAGAACAAAAAACAGCUCAGAUUCCAUAACUUUAGCUGUUGGGAUGAGAUAAACGUCUUGAAAUUAGAAGUUGAUGCCUUCUUGUCCUUCUUCUGCCAGACUUGCCAUUGGAACAGUUUUUCCUUGCCAUUCUGAUCGCGUUCAUAGUCCAAGAUUCCGAUCUUGUUUGAUGGUUCCAUAUAUUUUGGCAUGACCUCUCAAUAAAAGCAGGAGCUAAGGCCCCACUUGUCCACGAUGGCAAAGAGAUCUUACAAGCGAGCUGCACGAUCUGAAAGGGACAAAGCAGGCUGUAUGCGGGGUUUGAUUAGCAUGUUUGAUUUCCACCGGGGUCAUUCAAGUCAGAAGUUACUUUCAGAUGGGAAACAUGGGAGUGGUAGACAUUUUGGCACCAGAUAUUCGAAAAGUGUACCUGAUUCUUGUAGCAAUUCCAAGGAAAAACAAGAAAUUGAAGAUGAUUUUGAUGAAGAAAGAGAAGAAACAGGCAAUUUGGGUAUGCCUAGUGUCAAAACACUCAUGAAGGAGGAAAUGUCAAGAAAACAUUCCCCAAAGAAGAUUCCAAGUGAUGUCGCCGAACGGAUACUAUCUGACUUAGAUCACAAGGUCCAUCUUGAGAGAAACCAUAAAAAAACGAGCAAUAAUCAGAAAAUAAACUCAUAUCUUCAUGUCAAUGAUCUGAAUGCUCCUGCAAGCUUGGAUUGUCAUAUGAAUUUAAUGGAAAGAUCUUCCCUCAAUUUCGACUUGGCCGCAGUUUUAAUUGAAUUCUAUGGUUACAAUAAUGGAGGCCAAGAUAUGCAUGUAGAUUGUAAAAGUAUUAAUGGUUCAAGUCCUUCCUUAGAAGCUAUUGAUCUUUGGAAGCAUUAUCAUCAGGAUGAACCUGAUUCCCAAAUUGAACAGAAGAAAUCUAUUCUUCAAAAGGCACUGGGCAGAGUAGCAGAGGCUAUUUUAAAUCAGAAGCUUGUUGAAACAAAACAGCUCACUGGCAACAGGGCAGCCCAAGCUGAAGAGUUCAUCAAUGCAUUAGAGAUGCUGAAUUUGGACAAGGAGUUAGUUUUAAAGCUUCUUCAGGAUCCAAAUUCACUUUUGUUAAAACAUAUUCAAGAUCUUCAGAAUACUCAAAUCGAAAAACAGUCUAAGCUGGAGCCUGGUCAAAAUUUAAAAGGAAUUGAAUUGCUGGAAGAAGAGAUUGGCAGUUUAGGGCAAUGUGAAGAAUCCGUCAAUAAUAAAGCAUUUCACAAGCAAAGCAAACAUUUCUUUAGAAGGAAGGACAAGUCAAAAGGAACGGGGCCACCGGAAGGAAAUGUGAGUUCCCAGGAUUCAAACAGGAUAGUUGUUCUGAAGCCCAGCCCAGCAAGAAUUCAAAAUCCCUCGAUCGUGAUCAGUUCAAGCUCUUCCGCACAACCACAUCAUAGCUUGAACUGUAAAGAACAUGGUCAAGGAAUGACUUCUCAUUUUUCGCUUAAAGAAAUCAAAAGAAGGUUGAGACAUGUUAUUGGUGAAAACAAAAAGGACUGCCAUUUGACCUCCAUUGAUGGUGUUCUACCCAAAAGUCCAAAUCGAUCCAAAGCUUCGGGUGACACAGGUAAACAGAUCACAAAUUUGGCGAGUAAAACUUCCCGCAGUACUGCUGACAGUUCCCAAUCCUCUGCUAUUUUCAAGAAAACAGACAAGAAAAUCGGAGACAAAGAAUGUCAACUUAAUGUCGAGAGUGAUCUCGCUCCCCCCAGGGUUGGAUCUUUGUUCUAUGAAGAGGCCAAGAAGCAUCUCAUCGAGAUACUACAUAUUGGAGAUCACAUCAAUAAUUUGCCAAGCAGACAUGGCUCAAACUCCUUGGGAAGGAUACUUAAUCUGCCAGAAUAUGCGUCAUCUCCUGGAUUUAGCCCUACAAGUAAUAAGGAGCUUGACUUGUCACCAAAACAGACAAGAUUGUCCCCAUCACGACAGUUCAAACAAGAAGAUGCUGCCAUCCAUCUAAACCCAUCAGGACAGAAAUCUGAAAUUGCAGCAUGCAACGCUAGCAAUCAUUUUGAUGAAACACAAGUUCUUGAGUCAAAGCCAGAACUCCUUGGUACACAAAUGCAGAAGGAAAAUUGCACUUGGGAAUACUUAAACCCAAAAGAAACUCUGGAAAUAGCAGAUGCCAAAUGCUUGGAAGGGUGUAAUCAUAUGGUUCAACUUUCAGAAUCAUAUAGCAGCGAACCCAUUGCUACUGGUAGAAGAUUCAAUGAAGAAGGUCCAGAUCUGGGUUCGUUGUCAGAGAAGCCACAACCAAUGACCCCAUCUGUAUUUAUCUUGCCCAGAUCUUCUGAGAACAUCAGUGAAAAGCUAGACCGGCCAAGUCCUGUAUCUGUUCUUGAACAUUUCUUCUCAGAAGAUAUUAUCAGUCCUGAAAGCACCACUGUCGAGCAAGCUGAGGUGCCAAUACAGCCUCGAGAGUUGCAAUUUGAAGAACAUGAUAGUUCUUCAGUAGUUCUAACAUCAUCUGAUUCCGAAGUCAAUCGAAGAUUUUGUCUGGAUGACAAAGUGGCAAGGUUUGAAUACAUAAAAACCAUUGUGGAAAUCUCGGGCUUAAGCAUGGAUGACAUUUUGAAAGAAUGGAGUGUGAAAGAUCAGUUCCUCGGCCCAUCUUUAUUUGAUGAAGUAGGAACCUCAUAUGGCCACUUGCAGAACAAUCCAAAGCUUCUCUUUGAUUGCAUAAAUGAAGUUCUUAUGGAGCUGCAGGAGAGAUUUUUCAGAUGCACCCCAUUGGUAUCUUUUAUCAAGCCUACUGUUCAGCCAGUCCCAGUAGGUGGGCACUUUGUCCAAGAAGUGAGCAAAGGCAUUGACUGGCAUUUGCAAAUGCAGUUCCCAUGCACAUUAUCUCAGAUAGUGCAAAAAGACUUGGAGGGUCGAAGCUGGAUGGACCUCCGGUUCGAAACAGAAGGCAUUUGUGCUGAGAUAGAAGACACCCUCUUAGAUGAUUUAACGGAAGAAACUGUUUAUGAGUUCUGGUUUGAACCUUGAAUUUGCUAAGGGGCUUAUAUUAUUUACUCAUAUUCCAAGAUAAAUGAGCAAGUCACAGGUCAUAAUUGGGACCAGGGAAAAGAUGGGGUGGAAAUAAUUGUUCCUUUCUAGUGAAGUGUUGUUGUGGAUUUGGUAGGCUCGGAAGGGCCGUUUUUUUUUUCCUCCCAUGUGUUUCCUACUGCAUCAGUCACAGAUUUGACACCCCAAAAUAUCCUAGUGCAGCGUUUGCUGCUAAUUUUAGGUCGUUUUUAAAACCAUUGUGGAAAUUAAAGGAGGUUGUAGCAUAUGUAAAUCAGUUUCAUCACUUGUACUACUGAGAAUAACUUGGAAAUGAAGGAGGUUGUAGCAUCUGUAAAUCAGUUUCAUCACUUGUACUACUGAGAAUAACUUGGAAAUGAAGAUAUCAGCUGCUGUGUUCUAUCUG